GUAUUUGUUAGCAGUUAGUCGUUAAGACAGUGAAAUAAGUUUUUGACAGAUGAUUUGUGUUACCUAAAUAUUUACAAUAGCGUUUCGCUAUUUAUUUACAAUAAGAUUAAAGAUAUACUAUAAGUAAUUAUAAAUGUAAAUUUAUUUUGUGAUGGUUUCUAAAUUGGAUUUGAGAAAUAUGACUAAGAAAACCUCUCUUCACGCUAAAAUUUACAAUUUCAUCGUAAGAUAAAAACAAUGUGUGCUUUUUAAUAAUGCUUGUAAGACAUGGACAAAAUAAAACUUACAUAUUUUUUAACCGAAUAUAUACAUAGUAGUGAUGAUAGUGAUUCUAGUAGUUGGAGUGAUCUAAGUAGCGUGAAGUCUGAGUUUUACGAGGAUGACGAGGAAGAUAGACUGUUUAUCCCUCUUAUGCAGUAUCUUAUAAGAAUAAAAAGAAAACGAGUUGACGAUUAUUUACAUUUUGUAGAAUCGUGGACAGAUGCAGAAUUUAAAAAUCGUCUUAUAGUAUCACGCAAAACUGCUUAUAAACUUAUUGAUGACUUAGAAAAAUCAGGAUUUAUAGCUUCACACAAGUUUGGUUUAAAACCUUUGGAACCAAAGUUAUGUUUCUAUAUAUUCUUAUCCUUCAUAGCUGACACGGAACCAUUGACACCAUUAGCAAAUAGAUUUGAUAUAUCUAUAUCAUCAACAUUCAGAGUGCUAAGGAGAGUAGUUGCUUGGUUAUUAACAAAAUUAGAUGAUGCUAUAAAAUGGCCACAAGAUUUUAACGAUGUAGAGACAAUAUGUGAGCAAUACCACUUCAAGACUGGAAUAUCUAAUAUAUUGGGUGUCAUUGACUGCACUCAUAUAAAAAUAGAGAAACCAAGAAAUGCAAGAGAGUAUUGUAAUCCAAAAGGAUACUUUUCCAUAGUCUUACAAGCCACCAUAGAUGCUAAUCUGCGCUUCACAAAUAUCUAUUGUGGUGAACCAGGGUCUUCCAACUGUUCUAGAGUAUUAAGGAAAUCCCCAUUGUAUCAAACAGCCACUCAGAAUAGAGAUACAUUGUUUCCCCAUAAUACAUUUUUAGUGGGACAUAGUGGAUAUCCCUCAUUAUCUUGGUUGGUUCCGCCAUUUAGAGAAAAUAAAAGACUAACAUCACAACAACGGGAAUUUAAUUCCCUUCAUGCAUCAGCUAGAAAAUUAAGUGAUAAAGCUUUUAACUUAUUAAAAACAAAAUUUAGAAGAAUCAAACUAUUUACAGUUUAUAGGAAUAUACCAUUUAUUACUGAUACUAUUGUCGCUGCAUGUAUUUUGCAUAAUUACUGUCUAGAUGAAAGCUGUGAUCCCUCGGAGGAAUAAUAAAAAGAUAUUUUUAACA